ACCCAACCUAAAAAUCUUGUGUUCGACCAAAAAAAGCUAUUCUACGUUCCUACCCUCUUUCAUUUCAUACUUCACUGCAUACAAUUUGAUCACUUCAUUCUGCUCUUUCUCCCUUAGUUUUUACAAACAUGGCUGCUGCUAUAACUGCUGCAGUCUCCUUUCCAUCCUCCAAUUCCACCCCUCUUCCAAGCAAGAUCUCUAUCACCACCCCUCAUAGAAUUGUCUUCAAGAGGGCUUCAUUGCAAUACAAAGAUGUUUUUAUUAGUGGAAAAGGAGUUUGGAUCAGAGCCCAAGUGACAACAGAGGCACCUACUAAGGUUGAAAAGGAAUCGAAGAAACAAGAGGAAGGUGUGAUCGUGAACAAGUUCAAACCCAAGAACCCAUACAUUGGUAGAUGUCUUCUAAACACUAAGAUCACUGGGGAUGAUGCACCUGGAGAAACUUGGCACAUGGUCUUCAGCACUGAGGGAGAGCUUCCUUACAAAGAAGGGCAAUCAAUUGGGGUGAUUCCAGAUGGGGUGGACAAGAAUGGCAAGCCUCACAAGCUAAGAUUGUAUUCAAUUGCUAGCAGUGCCGUUGGUGAUUUUGGAGACUCCAAAACAGUUUCUCUAUGCGUGAAACGUCUUGUGUACACAAAUGAAAACGGAGAACUUGUCAAGGGAGUCUGCUCAAAUUUCUUGUGCGACUUGAAGCCAGGAUCGGAAGUAAAGAUUACUGGACCUGUUGGUAAAGAAAUGCUUAUGCCAAAAGAUCCUAAUGCCACCGUCAUCAUGUUGGCAACUGGUACUGGAAUUGCCCCAUUUCGCUCCUUUUUAUGGAAAAUGUUUUUCGAGAAGCACGAUGAUUACAAGUUCAAUGGUUUGGCAUGGCUCUUCUUGGGUGUCCCAACAAGCAGCUCAUUACUUUAUAAAGAGGAAUUUGAAAAGAUGAAGGAGAAAGCACCUAACAACUUCAGGCUUGACUUUGCUGUGAGUAGAGAGCAAACAAACGAAAAAGGAGAGAAAAUGUACAUCCAAACCCGAAUGGCUCAAUAUGCAGAAGAGCUAUGGGAAUUGCUAAAGAAAGAUAAUACUUAUGUUUAUAUGUGUGGACUGAAAGGGAUGGAAAAGGGUAUCGAUGACAUAAUGGUGUCGUUGGCUGCAAAAGACGGUAUUGAUUGGGGUGAGUACAAGAGACAAUUGAAGAAAGCAGAACAAUGGAAUGUCGAAGUCUACUAAUUAAUUUCUGUUCACUAAUACACAUAACGAAGUCUCACCUUGUGCAGAAGAAUAUCUAUUUGCUUAUGAACAAGUUUCACUGCAACAGCCGUACAGGAAAUAAAUUUGAGGAUCAUGCAAUAUAGAUGGAAGAACAAGCUUCAAUGUGGAAUUUUGGCCCUUAAUAAUUUCAUUUAAUGAGAAUGAAACCUUCAUAUAAUAUCUUAGUUUUCUACUCUCAACAUCAAUAAACAGAGUAUGACUGUAUGAGACUUCACUUAAGAAAAACCAGAAUCAAAAUUUUCCCUCUUUGAAACCUUAAACUUAUAUUACAAAAUCUCUCUGCAUUCC